CUGGAUGAGAAAUCGAGGUUGUCGACGACCCUGGAGUGAGUUGCUAACCGGCAGCUGAUUGUGGGGUUCCCUUCCGGUUAUUGGAGACCCGAAGUCGCGCAAAGGCCGAACAUCUCAUCUCAUCGUCAUCAUCAUUAUCCCAAGUUGUAGCUACCACGACAGCUUGGCUCAACGGUACAACCCCCUUCAAACCUGCGAUAUCCUUCCUGUUCAUCCCGUAUCGCAUUCAAAAGUGGAAUGACCAUACGCUGACCAAGAAUGCCAGACUCUGACGGUCGAGCACGGAGCGCGCCGACAUCACCCGUCGCCAACACGAACCCGUUACCUUCGAUCCUUACACCCACCCGCCAGACUAACAAUGUCGGCAACGACACGGGAAGCGAUAGGGAUACGACGAGGGCUUCGGCAAGCAGGAAGUUGAGGUUUACGACGAUGCUCGAGGUGGAAGAUACGAAGAGGGGAGAUGGCCGGAAGUCGAGAGGUUGGGAAGCGGGGAGAAGCGAUCCAGGUACACCUAACAUUAGCGAAACUGCGGCUCAGAUAAGGAGGACGAUCUCCCUGGCCUCACUAGACACGCUACUCACCAUCGCUCAAGAUGACAUGGAACGCGAGAGGUUUGGGCAAGAGAUCAAGAGCAUGUUAUGGAGGGACGAAAGGGAGACGAGAAAGAUGCCAAACGAUGCCGAGAGGGCUUUGGUGUUGGCUGCCAGGAGAGGUCUGCGAUCGUUCGUAUUGGCUUAUACGGUCAGAGCGGGCAUCAACUUAUUGUUGCUGCUCAUGAGAACUUUCCGGAGGAGACGACUAAAGUGGGCGCUCCUUCGCCAUGCUAUCUUGGGGAAAGAGCCAUUCCGCUUUGGUGCUAUGAUUGGCACUUUUACCUUUCUUAACACUCUCACUCUCCACCUCCUCCGGCUAGCACCCCCACUCUCUUAUCUCCGUAAACGUCUCCUUCGAAUAAUGAACGGCGACAAGUCCCCCUUGACGUACGAAGCACCAACUCGUCUCUCGGCAUCCGACGAGGAGAACGGGUAUUUCAUGGGCGAAGAAGAUACGGGUGAGAGGAGGUGGCAAGCAGCCAUUGCGGGGGCUGUAGGGAGUUUGGGGUUGUUAUGGGAAGACAAGGGGAGAAGGAUCGGAGUCUCGCAACAGAUGUUCGUUCGCGGUCUUCAAGCGAGCUACAAUCAGGUCUCGGCUAGGACAGGCUACAAGGUCCCUUUCGGCUCGAUAAUCGUUUUCGGGCUAUCGUGUGGGCAGAUCAUGUUUGCCUUCCUCUUGAGCCCGUCGACAAUUCCACCAGAAUACAAUUCCUGGAUUCAAUCGGCCUCUCGUGUGCAGAAGAGCGCAAUCAGGGUUAACAGAGGUAUCGCCCGGAAGGGCGCUAUCGACAUCGAGGCUGCCAAAAGCGCUCUCAGCCACAAGUACAUCACUUCGGCGAACGCUUCGCGACUACGAGAACUGAUCGAGGCCGGGUCUAAGGGUAUCGUUCCCGAUGGGGUACCUUGCGCCGCCAUUCACCCUUGGCUAGACUCUUGUCGAUAUGUCCUGUUCGAGAGGUACUUCGAGGUCUUUCGCUUCGCUCUCCCGGUCUACUCGGCUUUACACUUCAUCCCGAUGUUGAUCCUCCGCCGAAAACACUUUAUGAAGGACCCACUGAGCCUGCUUGGAAAAGCUACACUCGGAACGUUCAGGAGCAGUUCAUUCCUCUCAGCCUUUGUCCUUAUCUAUCAGGGCCUACUGUGCGCCCGUACGCAGACUCUGGAAGGGUUCUUUGGCAAGAUCCCGGUCUGGCUCAGGAUCCUCCUGCGACGCAAAGAGGUCUUCUGGCUCAUCGGGUUCUCGACAUGUUUGAGCUUGUUCGUCGAAGAGCCGAAACGACGGGCGGAACUGGCGGCAUACGUUCUUCCACGAGCUCUUGAAUCUGGUUGGGCCACCGCACGUCGACGAGCCUGGGUACCUAUCGUACCUUUUGGGGAAAGUAUUAUGGGAGCCGCAGCGAUGGCCAUGAUCAUGGAUGCGUACAAGCACGAACCACAAGCGCUGUCUACCCUGUUACGCAAAGUCAUCUUCCAAGUCGUCGGCCCCGCAUAAGUUGAAUUUCGGCAUGGAUUCGCGAAACGAGU